ACAGAAAUGGCGACUACCAUGUGGAGGUCACCCUUUCGUUUCUCGUCAAAUUUAAGGGUUGCCCUCCGUCAGAAAAAUCCUGAGCGAUGUUACUCAUUGAGUGCCCUACAAACGCAAGAUGAUGAAGUAUUGUAUCCACCAGUCAAGCCGAAAUUCCCCCCAGGUAACUGGAAAGGAAUGGAGCGAGAUUAUGCCUGGAACAUGUACAAUUUAGAACAAGAAUCUCUAGCGAUUCCUUCAGUCCAAGGCCGAAUUGACCAUGUCAAGAAAGUCCACGAAAUUCAUAGCAAGUACAAAGGAGAUCUCAAGUUUGCCUGGUUCUUCAAUGGCAAAAGUCUCGAGCCACGUCUGUUCAACUAUCAGCUAGACAAAACCAAGACAUUUCCCAAUGAUGGACUUCCUAGUGUUUAUGACAAUGUGGAUGUAACAAAUGAAUUAGAACUUGUUACUCCUUUAGUGAAGGAAAUUAUAGUGAAUGAGUGUGAAAAAGUCUACCGCAGAUCGUCACUAGGCAACCCUGUUGGGUUGAGCAAGGAAAAGGUUUCAAAACUGUUGAUCAAAAGUAUGAUUCUAAAGAUCUUGUCAAUUUUGUCCUAUAGUCACUCCCAUCUAUUAACGUCAGAGUUCUCGGAGGAUGUUUUCCAACAAGCAUACUGGGAUCGGUUGUCUGAUACAGGACUUAUUGAAGAAAAACGGAAAUUCAAGCAAAAAGUGAUGAAAUUUCAGGGAGAAUAUAAAACAAGUUUCCAACUGAGGACGGAGCUUCCAUUACCCGAGUUUGUAGAUCGGGAUUCAGAGAGCUGUGUUGGACGGGAUUACCCAAAGUGCCCAUACCACCCUUUAGUAUUGGGGCAAAUGAAGGAGAAAUGUACACCCCACUUUCUACCCGGUGUAAACCUCGGCUCACCGUGUGAGUUCGGAUAUCUAUCGCUGGAGACUGUCAACUCUUUCCUGUUAGAUAAAGCAGCUAUAGCCUACAAGUCCAGCCCUGAUGUCAUCCCAGAAAUCUGGAAAGGGUUCGCUCUCAGCUCCUCCUUCCUGUCCACUGUGGCGCAGGCUCACUACCAGGGAUUUAGUAUGUACUCUGACAUGACCUAUCCAUUGACAUCCCAGACCAUCAUCACUGAUGGUAGAAAGUUUCUGUUUGGUGCCUACCAACUGAACACAUUACAGAUGUGGAAGCCGGAUGAAAACAAUCCUCACUGCAAUCUGUUUUGGCAUACAGAGAUUGACAUGUUCGACGGUGUGCAGGAUGGGAAGAUUGUAGGCUACAAUGACGACGUUCUUAAGACUCUACUUAAGUUUCUUCUGUUGGGCACCCCUGACCGAGGCUACGACCUGAAGCCAACCAUCUCCCACAUAGAACCAACAGAGACAAUUGAGGACUAUGUUCACAUGGAGGAGAUCAUAGAGACAACAAAAUAUGAUUUUGAUACAGCCUCAUCAACACAACUAAAUCAGGCGAUGGAGGACUCUGUACCUCCUGAGGAUGUCAAAACAUAGAAAUAACAUGUUCAAUCAAAAUAGAGGACUUUGAAUUAAGUGAAGAGAUCAUGAUAUAGAACCAACACAGGGGAUGGUAGACUUUGUACUUUGUGAGGAGAUCAUGAUAUAGAACCAACACAGAGGAUGGUAGACUUUGUACUUUGUGAGGAGGUCAGGUAUAGAACCAACACAGGGGAUG